AUGUCGACCGUGGAUUGCAUGAAGGACUCGUUUGUGGAGGGCCAGCUUUUGGAUGGUCGCUUCCGCACCGUCCGCCCUCUCAACCAUGGCUCCUUCGGCAUGGUCUUUCUUGCGACUGAUAACACCACCGGCCAAGAUGUUGCCAUCAAAUGCUUGACCAAAGCUUCCCCGACCGACCCGUCGGCCCCGUCUCCCGUUGAGGACCGUUUCGAAGAGCUCGAGUGCCAUCGGCGUCUCGCCCAUCACCCCAACAUUGUCAACUUGAUCCAUUCCUUCGAGACCGAGGCCCACAUCUACCUCGUUCUGGAGUACUGUGUCAAUGGUGAUCUGUACGAGGCCAUCCGGCUUGACCGCGGUCCUUUGGAGACCGAGCACGUUCGGGAUUUCAUGCUGCAGUUGGUCAGCGCCGUUGAGUUCAUGCAUGCCAACGGCUUGUACCACCGUGACAUCAAGCCGGAGAACAUCUUCCUGACGCAGGAUGGCUCCAUGAAACUUGGUGACUUUGGUCUGGCAUCCCGCGACCCUUGGUGCCACGAGGCCUGUGUGGGCAGUGACCGCUACAUGGCUCCCGAGCAAUAUGAGCCCACUGCUGCCGGUUACUCCCCCGCCAAGGCCGACGUCUGGUCGAUUGGUAUUUGUCUGUUGAACAUUUUGUUUGCACGGAACCCCUUUGUCACUCCGACCGAGACCGAUGUGCUCUUUGCGGACUAUACCCGCGAUCGUCAGUCGCUGUUCGAUAUUUUCCCCAACAUGUCUCAGGACACGUACGAGAUCCUGACACAUGCGUUGGCCCUUGAUCCCGAGAAGCGUUCCUUGUCCGGUGUGCGCGAGUGCAUCCUGCGGGCCCUGUCGUUUACUACGGAUGACGACGCCCUGGAUGACUUCUGCACCGAAGAUCGCGAGGUGGUCCCCGCCAGUGCCAACCGCGAGCCUCUCCGCACGCCCUCCAUCCAAAGCCCGCAUGUCAACCAGGGAGACUCCUUCCCUUGGGCCAAGGCUUUGCAGGCGAGUCCUCCCCAGGCCAUCCGGCAGCUCUCCGUCAUUCCCGACACCGAGAGCUACACCGAGGACCUGUUCCCGCCGUCCGAGACCGCCGGCACUUCGUGGUUCUCCGCUGCCGCGGAGACCCCGUCGAUGGCCUCGGUGUUGGGCUCGACCAUGGGCUCCUCGUUCCGUUCUCUCCACCUCCCGCGCAAGCAUGAGGCACCCUUCCCUCCUCGCUCUGAUCCGGUUCCGAUCACCGGUUCCUUGCCCAGCAAUGCCUCCAAGCCCCUACCGUCCCUGUCGAUGGUGUUUGGACGCAACAAGAGCAACCAGAUCUCCAAGAGCUGGAGUGAUCUCUGGGAGGAGGAGGAAUCGGAGAACGAGGAUCUUGAACUCCAGAAACGCCGUGAGCAGAACUCUCGUAGCUGGAGCCAAGAGAGCCAGAGCACGCCUCUUGCGACUACUGCACUGGGGGGACUGCGCGAGCCGGACUCCGCCUCCUUUCUCAAUGAGCGCUCCCUCGCUCAAGCCUCGCCCCCGGGCAAGCCGCGUCAGACCCGCGCCCGAUCGUUGGACGGUAACAGUGAUUCUUCCAGCAGCACGCCGCGACCCCUGCGUCAACCCUCGCCCAAGAAGGCCGAUGGCGACAAAUGGGCCCAGCUUGGUGAUCGCCGCCGCAAGUACCAGCCUCGCGAGCUGUUUGGGCCCCGACGCGCACUCCUCGCCAGCAACUGGCGUCGCGACUGGGGUCUUGGUUCUUCCGGAUUCGAUCAUGGACAACAAGCCAAGCCGGUUUCAUCCCCGCGGACUGAUCGUCGUCGCCAGCUGUUCCUCGAAAAGGACUGGCGCCGCGAUGCCGUGGAAGUUCCGGGACCGUCGCCUAUCAAAUUCUCUACAUACGACGGUAGCGUGGACGAGGAUCUCGACCUUGUGGGUGGGUGGCAUGACCUUCACCUGUAA